AUGUCGUCCACAUCACCUCACAGCAAAACCGCUGCAGCUCAUUGCAAACGCUUCAAUCCCUACAUUCGACCCUCGCGAGACAUGGUUACAUCAAGAAAACCAACCACAGCACCCACAGCACCUCUAGUGAGGAGACUUGCUAUGUAUAUUGAAAAUUACGAGGUUCACCUAGAAGAUGCAUUGUGGAUGGGAUCCGCCAUGGUCAUCGAUGAGCCCAAUUCACCCAACGGGAUGUCCGUUCCUGAUACAAGACUUGAUAUAGUGGCCAGUAACGCGCUAAUCACAUCCAAUGCUGCCAAUGACAUCAAUGACCGUCAAGCUGUGGGACAUGUGUCUCCGAAGAAAAGCAAACUUAUGCGCAGUCUAGAGAAGGUCAUCAGCAAAUGUAUUGAACGUCACUGUAAGGCGGGUCAUCCGACUACUGACCUCUUGCGCAAGCGUAUCAGUGCAGCAUUGGAGGGUGCAUUGGAGGGCAUAGAGAUAGACAAUAUUAUGUCGGAUGGCUCCAAAGGUGGAGAGAAACGCAAAAGUACGACGGCAAACAAGAUGUGA